AUGGAUAUUUUUCAACCUAAAACUAACCAUUUUAGUGAAUCGAUUGCUGUUAUUUGUAGGUCUAAUCAAAACAGAAGCAUUUCAGCUCAUUGCCGUUUAAAACAAUUAGGAUAUAAUGUUUCUUCUUUUGGAACAGGUGUAUAUACAAUAUUACCUGGAGCAACAAGAAAUUUUGGGUUUCAAUUUGGUAUUCCUUAUAAAGACAUUAAAAAUUCAUUACCAAAAGACGAGGCAUCAGUUGAGUAUUAUAGAAAAAAUAAAAUAUAUCAAAUGCUUGAUAGAAAUGCAAACCUUAAAAGUGCUCCUGAGAAAUUUCAAGAUUGUAAGAAAGAGUUUAAUAUAAUUAUUACAUUAGACUAUUCUGUAUUUAUGGAUGUUUUAGAAUAUUUUGACUCUCGAGAGUCAUCAACAGGGUCAUUAUGUUAUGUAUUUAAUUUAACUGUUAUGGAUCAAUUAGACACUGCAGAAAAAGGUGCUAUUGAAGUUUCUGAAUUUUUAAAAUUGAUGGAAAGUGAUUCAGACUGGAUGAAUAAUAUUGAUCAUGUUAUUAAAUCUUUUUACUCUAAAACAAAGAUUAAUGUACUUCAUUCAAUGCAAAUGUAUUGA